UUUAAAAUUAAUUGUAAUCGUAUUUGAUGUUUGUUUUGUGUUUUAUUUAGACAUUUUUAAUAUGAAAUUCUACGUUUUGUAUAAGUUUUAGCGGUGUAACACGCUUUACUGAUAUAAUGCGUCAAAAUAUUUAAAGAUCAUUUGCAUUUUCUAUCAUUAUAUUUGAGAUUGCUGAUUCUAUGGAAUUUUUCCCUUGUUACAUUACUAUUGCUAUGAUAUUUAGUUUUCAAAAAUUGUGUUCUGAAGCGCUUGUGGGAGACUAAAUAAUUGCCACUUUAUUAUUGUAAUAUUUUUUUAAAAGUGAUAUUGUUCAAAUUGAAAAUUCCUUUUUAAGUACUUUUUAAUAUUGAAAACUUCGUCAAUUCUAAUAUUCGGCAUUAAUUGAAUAAUGUGGGGAUCACAAGGUUGGAAUCAGUGGGCUUUGCAACCCGCUAUGUUUAAUGAUGUGCCACAUGAGCAGAUUGAUUGGGCAGAACUAGCCAAACAAUGGAUACAAAUGCAACAAACUCCACCAUCAGAUGGAACCCCAUCUCUACCUCCUCAAAUUCAUCCACCUGUGUCUUUAUCUCAUGCUCCCGGGCAUCCUCAUAUACCAGAUGAAGUCAAUGAGCGUAAUAUUAAUCCUCCUCUUUUGAAGACUCCAGCACCUCCUAGUCAUGUUUCUGAAAUAUUUCAUACUGAUAGGCCAUUUGAAUCUGAUUCUGAUAAUUUUAUGCCUAAGAGUGGAGAAACUAAUUUCUGGAGCAAACCUCAGUGGAGUGGAUCUAAUAAUGUUGAAGAGAGACUGUGGAACGCACCUGUUGAACCUGUUGCACCACCUAUAAUAGGUGGAAAGGAGACAUUUGAUUAUGGGCAUGUGCAUGAUAACCCUCCACUCGCAAUGCAGACAAUCGAUUACAAUCAUAUGUCAGAUUAUCCUUAUAAUCAGGUAUAUACUCCUCCAGUGCCUCCUCCUGUUGCAGAAAGUCAAUAUGAUCAAUAUUGGUCCCAAGUGAAUGCAGCACCCACAAUAGCUCCAAUAUUUUUAAAGAAAGAGAGAAACAUUACUUCUAAUGUUCCAGCUGAAGAGGAAACUACGCAACUUGAUGCUGCUAAGCGUAAACAACUUCCUGCUUGGAUAAGAGAUGGAUUGGAAAAAAUGGAGCAAGAGCGUUUAAAAAGGCUUGAAAAGGAGAGAAAUGCUAAGGAACGAGAAGAAAAAUUGUCUAAGGUGAAAUCUGAACUAAAUUCAAGAUCACCUUCAUUUGUACCGAAAUCAAAAUUUGACAGUGAUAGUGAAGAUGAACAAGUACAAGAGGCACCUAUUAAAAGAAAUUCUCCUAUUUUAAAACGAAUGCCAUCACCUAUAGAAGAUUUAAGAACUGAAGAAGAAAAAAAACAAGACAUGAUGUUGAAAGUUCGACGCACUUUGACUGAAGUUUUGCUUUCAGUUACUAAUACAGAAAUGGUGGCAAUUGCUCAAGAAGUAUAUAAAAAAGCAAAGUCAAAAGCUCCAGCUCGUCAGCUGGCCUCAACCACGUCACUGACUUCUGUAGCUUCUGGAUUACGUGGUCUUGCCAGCUAUGAUUCAGGGAGUGAAGGAAGUGAUGCCGAAGAUAGGAGUGAUUCUUCAGACUCCGAAGAAGAGCUGUAUCGUAAAAUUAAGGAAAAGAAACGGCUUUUUGCAGUUAAAGAAAAGAAGAUCAUCGCUGAUCUUGAUCGUAAGGAAUUAGAGGAUAAAACUGAUAGAGAAAAGAUGAAUAAUGGUAAUAUGACCUCUGAUAAAAUUGUGAAAGAAAAUAUCAGAGUAGAAGUGAAGGAAGAGAUUCAGGAAGAAUUAAACCCGGAAAAUAGCAAAUUAUCUCCUAUGAUGCCUUUUCAGAGGUCUGCAAAUUCAAAUGAUAUACCAUUUAUUAGUGAAAAUGAAUCUGCAGAGGAUAGCAAACAAACUAGUGAAACAAGCGUCAAGCCAGAGCCAAAAGAGGAAGAAAUGAAUUCUUCAGAAUAUUCGAGUUCUUCUGAUAGUGAAAGUAAUUCAAGUGAAAUGAAUAAGAAGAAAUCUCACAGUAAGAAAGAUAAAAGUAGCAAAAACGAAAAACGCGAAAGAAGCCCUUCAAGGCGAGAACGACAUCAUAAACGUAAGAGUAGAGACAGUGAUAGUUCAGGCAGGCACAAAAGAAGUCGUUCUCCCGAAAAAAAAUCUAGUAACAAAAAGAGAAAGAAAAGUAAAAGAAGUGAUAGCAGUAGCAGUUCGAGUAGUGUUUUGCAUAAGAAAAAAUCUAGUAAAAAGCACGAGUCAAAUCGUGGGCGUAGCAGGCGAAGUCGUAGUUAUGAGGACAGACGUAGACGUAGUUCGAGUCAUACGAAAAGUCACCAUAGGAGUGAGGGUCAUUCAAAUAAAUCUUCACGAAGUCAUAGACAUCAUGAUGAUAAAAGAUCAAGGGAAGAAAAGAGAUAUAAAGAUUCACAUAGGAGUCCUUCACCAUAUAGUCGUAGCUCAAAAAUUCCCAGGAAAUACCGUGCAAGUAGGUCACUUAGUUCAGAGUCUGAAAUUUAUGGUAAGAAAUCGAAGAAAUCCCGGAAUCAUUGAGAAGAACUUUUAAGGUAAUUGAAAGUUUGUUGCACAUGGGCACCUAAAGGACUGAUAGUUUUCCUUGGAAGCUGAUUAGGUCUCUAUUACAAUUUGAAAAUUUUGAUAUUUUGUAAAAUGUAUAUUUAUAGGCUUGAUGAAUUUUAAGAACUUCAAUCCACCAAUAGUAUGUAUACUUUAUAUUGCAAUUGUAUUACAUUAAGCACUUUGUCUUACGUUUCUGUUUAAUUGGCUAAUUAUUUUUUUUUAAUAAUUUUAUUUUAGUAAAAUUUAUGUACUGUAAAAUUCUUUUUUUUUUCUUCCCCUCCUCCGGUUAUUAACUUAAACUCUUUUUACUGAGUUAGCAAAAGUUACAUCAUUUGAACUGUCCUUUAAAGCAAAAUUGGGUCUUCUGAUUUUGUCAAUAAUGCAGGUGCUAUUAUGAGUUUUAAAGAUUUUUUUUAUAAUGAAUUAGGGAUUUAAAAUAAUUUGGUGUAUACUAAAGAAGGGGAAUAAUGCAAGCAUAUUUGAUUAGAUAAAAAGCAAUACUUUUUAGUUCCUUAGUAGUGCCCUUGUAAAAUUAUACAUAUAUGUAUUUUUUUCAGUUGACAAUUUUAUGCUUAUCUCUGAAUCUAAAAACUUCGGGCUUUUUAAUUAAUGUAGUGAGUGUGUGUUCUUCAUGUGAAGCCAGUAAUUUAAUGUUAAGUAACAUUUUUAUUUAAAGAGUUAUUGGACUUUUUCAAAGUAAAUUGAAUGUAAUUUUUGCCUUUUACACAAGUUACAAUAAAAUAUCCAUUGUAAUAACUUUAACUGUAAUGAACUUUCUUUUAUUAUUAUUAUUAUUAUUUUUUUUUUUUUUUUAUCAAACAGGGAUGUUAGCUAUUUUAUAAGUUAAGAAUAAAACUAAACAAAGAGUAAGAUUGUUUAUACUUAAGAGAUUUUGAAUUCUGAGACAUCAAAAACUGUUUGAGGUCUUAAAGUGAAAUAAUAAAAAUAGUGAGUGAAUAAGAGAAAUAAAGUGAUAGUCUGUUAUGUUAAACAUGUUGAUCUAUUAUGUUAAAUCUAACACAAAUAACUUUAUAUAUCAAUUUGUUAAUCUAUUAAUGUGAUUUUCUUAAGUUAAUGAGUAUGGGUGGGACCUUAAAUUUAGUUUCAUAAAUUAUUACUUUUUCUCUAAACAUAUUUUGAUUUUUAUUAUCUAUAACUCAUAUGCUAGUUUAUUGAAGAAUUGUGUAAAAUUGAAUAAAUUUUUUCCUUGUUAAAAAAAAACAGUAUAUAAACUUUAUAUUUUUAAAAAAAUUAUUGUUAACUGGAAAAAGUGCUAUAAUUUUGGGGGAAACCUCAAACAAACAAAACUGUGUUCGAAUAAAAAAAAAAAAAAUUCCCUUUUACUAAUGAGUAAAUUUGUAUUCUUUGUGAGCAAUUAAUGUUUACUGUAUCUGAAUUAUUUAAUGCAGAUACAUGAUAUAAAAAUGAAGUUAAUCAAUGAUCACUCAUAUUCUUCCAGUCUUAAGUUAAACAGUUUAUUAAUUUACUUACAUAAAAACUACUUUUAAAUCAAAUGAUCCAAUUUAAAAAAAUUAUUUGUGUACACCCCGAUAGCAAUUGUUAGAUGCUUAGAAUGAGGACAUUUUUUCUGAAAAAUUUACCACCUUUCUUUUUUCGGAGAAAAAAUUCUUAAUGAAAAUGUAUUAAAUUUUUUUAUAAUGUUGAGUUGUGUGGCAUAAAAAUAUUAAAACAUAAAUACUGAACUUAUUAUUGAAAAGAAAAUAUUUCCUUGGUUUGAUUGGUUCUUAAAAUUCCUCAAAAAACAAUCUCAAUAGAUUUGUUUACUAAAGGUCAUUAGUGUAAAAAAAAAAAAAAAAAACUUUUGGAACAAUAAAAAAUUCUCAUUAUCAGAAAAGUCUUGUAAGUUGUGUAACAUAUGAAUGAAAUUGUUUUAUCAAAAUAUAUCUAAAGCAUAGUAAAGUUUAAAAGAGUUAAAAAACGUAUGGUUUUUAUUGCCCAUGUAUAGAAGAAAUUUUUUUGUUUUAUUAUUUAUUUUUUUCUAACAGUUGCAAAUCUAUCAACACAUAACCUUUUGAAAAUAACUAGACAAAAUUACUUGAAUAUCCAACAUAUUUUACUAUUGUUUUUUUAAAAGGCAAAGCUUGAUUAGAUUAAAGAU